CUCUUUCUUUCUCUCUCUUAACUUUUUCUCUGCGUAUCAUUAUAUAUAUUGUAUAAAUAUAUAUUUCGCAACAACAGCAUAUAUACUUGUAUUGUUAUACAGCAUCACAUUGUUCAGAAUAUUACAGCAGAAUGGAUAUUGCCGAGUUGAUUCAUACAGAAACCUCGAGCAAUGGCAGCAGCAAUCGAAACCCGAAACGACAUCACUGUACCUGGCCAGGGUGUGGCAAAUCUUUCAGCCGACCCUCUGACACUGCACGGCAUUACCGCAUCCAUACAAACGACAGACCGUUUCGAUGUGACAUUCCAUGGUGCGGGAAGCGUUUUAUUCAGCGAUCGGCUUUAACUGUUCACCUACGCACGCAUUCGGGAGAACGGCCUCAUACGUGCGAAGUUGACGGCUGUGGUAAAAGUUUCAGCGACAGCAGUUCUCUAGCUCGUCAUAGACGCAUACAUACUGGCAACCGUCCCUACCGAUGUCAAGCCCCCGAUUGCUCGAAAAGUUAUACCAAAAAAAUGUUUCUUAUCCGACACGAGCAGAAAUGCCAUGGGCGUCCGCAGCCAAGAGGUGCCCCGCCAUCGUUAUCAUCGUCGUCCUCUUUACCAUCCUCACCAUCACCUCCAGUCUUGUCACCGCUGACGCCAACCACAACGCCAACAACAUUGCUACCUCCACCAUUACUGGUAACAGCAGCAGCAGUUCCAGCGCCAUGUUGUUAUCCGUCAGCACCACCUCCUUUGACCAGGAGUUUGUCAUCUAUCUUCAAUGAAAGCUCAGCAUCACUCUUUGCCACCAUGUGAUAAAACACUUGUCUUUCUCCAUAACAUUUAUAAGCUAUCCCUCAACUCCAGCCCCACACUCUCAGACACAGACACACAUCUAGCCCACUCUUCAGGAUUGUUAUAUAUAUAUAUGUAUGUUAUUUAGUAUUUUUCUCUUUGUUUCAUCGGCUCUUUUCUCUUAUAUACACUUUUACUGUAGCAAACCCCACUCGUCACAACAACACUUCAUAUUGCACUACUAGUACCAUAACCACUUCUACUCCCCCAAAGCAGCAUUUUGUUCAACUAGUUCUCUUUACACACACACACACUCUCUCUCUCUCUUUUUUUUAGUAUGUAGUCUUCUUUUCUUAAAACCUUGUAUAUGUUAUUAUUAUGAAAAUAAUAUAGUUCACCGCCAUCAUAGCUAUGACGUCAUGCACAACCAGG